CACUUGCAUCGGCAAUCACCAACCACCUCUUUUGCAUCUCAACACUCUUUGCGCUGUCCUUCCCAUACACACUGCAGCCUUCUCUUUCAUAUCGCUGUACUGCGAUUUCACCAUCCCUUCAAUUCUUGGAUUUUACUCAGUUCUUUUGCGCCGCGAUCGACAUCAAAACAUUGGCCCCUCAGACGCGUCGACUUGGCCCCCCCAGUGAUAUAUUCCAUCAACAAAACCUCCUUCUGCCACACCCAUAAACCCAUGACCGCGUAAUCAACUAGAGCAAACAUAGAUUCGACUCUCCAUGUUCUACGACCCGUCGUUGCUGGCUAAGACCGGGCCUUUGGCUCGCGUCUGGCUCGCGUCAAAUGUCGAACGAAAGUUGUCCAAGUCACAGAUUCUUCAAUCAGACAUUCCCGGCAGCGUGGGAGCAAUAGUCGACCGCGGAGAUGAGCCCAUGGCCCUGCGACUCAGCGGCCAGCUUAUGUUGGGAGUGGUGCGCAUUUACGGAAGAAAGGCGAGAUAUUUACUCGACGAUUGCAACGAAACACUGGUCAAGAUCCGAAUGACCUUCAAAUCAACAAACAAUCAUGAUCUACCUGCUCAUGCGACAGGCACAGUUGACUUGAAUCUGCCAGAAUUGUUAACCAUCGACGACUUAUUCUCCUCCAUGGAUUUCGCCUUUCCCAUGACUCAACAACCCACACUAACGGCACCAGGCUCACAGGAUCUCGAUGAAGAUUGGACUAGCAGCCUCAAUCCGCAGCAGAGCAGCACACAGUCUAUGCUGAUACCAGGAGAAGAACCAUUGUACAAUGAGGAUGAUCUCAAUUUGAACUUCGGCGAUGGCGACGAGAUGGACCUGAAUGAUACGACUGUGAGCAUGAAUAUUGGCCGAGAAGCCCCAACGCCUAAAGCCGACCAUGGCGACCUACUCACUGAGGAAGCCCUCAUCCACGACGAUGGGGAUCUCAACUUGGAUUUUGGGGAGGACACCGCAAUGGCGGACGAUGCUGAUUCCCCUCGGCCAGCGGACGAGCCGCUUACAGACGUCAUCCCUGAUGCGCCACUUGACUUUGGCGACGACGAGACUAUGAAGCUGCGAGAAGCUGCCGAAGCUGAAACCCGCCCGAGAGAUAUAGAAUCUCUUUCAGAAGCUGGGUCCGAUGUGUUACGCAACCUGGAUCAGACAUUCCAAAACCUGAACACUGAAGAAGAUGUGGAGGAAGUCGCCGUCCAACAGCGCCAACGAAGUCGAAAGCAGAAACCCCUUGCCCCAGAUGUCGAAACAGUCCUGCACAACAAGCAGAUCAAGGCUCAAGCAGAGGAUCGAUCGAAAAUCUUGCGUGCUCCAUCCUUUCUCCCCCGUGAUCCUAUCCUCCUCACUCUCAUGAACAUGCAGAAGAACGGCGAUUUUGUGGCUAAUGCUAUGAAUGACGGUCGAUCGAGGAACUGGGCGCCCGAACUACAGGGUUUGUUGUCCUUCGAAAUGGUCACUGGAUCUGGUGAACGCAAGCGCAAGCGAGACAGUGGCAUUGGCGGGCUCAGUGAGGACGAGCACAGCGAGAAAUCACCCAGGUUGGAAGGUCCUGAUGAUCUUAUGGAAGAUGAAGGCGUGCAAAUCGAGGAUUUUGAAGCUCAAAUCCCGGAGAUCCCGGUCGAUGAUGGACUUCGACCACUUACUGGAGACGGCGCGCCAGGAUUAGAGGACGUUGUUCCCGGAGAGGACGAUGCAGGUAUUUUCGAUGGAGACGACACAUUUGACGAGACGACAAUUCCUCUUCUUCACCCUUCAGAGAGUGGCCCUGUAUCUCUCGGCACCAAGCAUGCUGUUCACUUAUUGCGUGAUCAUUUGGGUGGCGCAGAUGGGUCCCAGACCUCCUCACCUGCGAAGAAGUCGGUACUCCUCACUGAGCUUGUGCCUGAGGGCCGAACCAGCAAGGAAGAUGCCACCAAGAUGUUUUUCGAAGUACUUGUGCUGGCAACGAAAGACGCCAUCAAGGUUGAGCAGCCGGUAGACAAAGCCAACAAGGAAAUGGGUCUGCCUCUGAGAAUUCGAGCAAAGAGAGGACUCUGGGGCAGCUGGGCUGAGACGAGCCCGGGCGAUGAUCCUACUGCCACAUCACAGCAAGUUGAGGCCACGGCAUAAGUCGGCCGGAUCUUGAUGCUGGUGUUUUAUGAGCAGUACGAAUUUGUUCUUGGAUUCAAUUGAAUUUUGGGCGGGGCUUGCAACUGUUGUAUACUUACUGGGCUUGGAGUUGAAUUUUGAACGGCACGAAAAGGGUCUUGGGGAUGAACAGGAUUGAGUAUCAGAAUCAGCGAAGGCGCCUUUUGGAUUAGAUAGGUGGUGGGCGAUGGGAUGAUGUUGGCGGGCCCAUACAAGUUUUGAUGUGCUUCCGCCAACUCAUAUCAGUCUUCUAUAGCAAUUGGAAUGAACUUGGGUCCGCGGACGCAGACGCUCUCUUUAA